UUUUAUGUUUUGUGUUUAGUUAUACAUAAUAUCUACUGUGUUUAAAUACUUACAAGAAUGGCGGUAUUCAAUAAAACCGAAGAGAAAAAGCACCAGUAUGCAGAACCAUGGGAUGAUUCUGAUGUGAUUUUAAAAGUUGAAGAUGAAAAGUUUCAUGUACAUUCAAUGAUACUUGGUUUUGCAUCACCUGUUUUCAAAGCCAUGUUGUCCUCCAACUUUAAAGAAGGAAAAGAGAAGGUGAUCAAUCUGCCAGGGAAAAAUAAAAGAGAUAUUGUGACUCUAUUAAAUAUCAUUUAUCCAACUGAUUUUAUGAUUACAGGAGAUUCGAAUUGCACAGGUCUACUUGAACUGGGAAGAGAGUACGAUAUUAGAAGGAUAUCACUUCUGGUGGAUGAGUUUCUUUGUCACGACGUUAAAUGCUCCUAGAUGCAUUCAAACAAGCUGAUGAAUAUAGUUUGACGAAAACAAAGAAAAAAUGUAUCGAUCAUUAUAUUAGUUUAAGUAAUCACGGAAGAUCUGCUCACGAAUUUAAUGGUGAUUGGAGCAACAUUUCUGUUGAAUCAAAAUUUGAAAUACUAUGUGGUAAAGUACAGGCAAUUACGAAAAAUGAAAACAUAUAUUGCUCUGUUUGUAAGGCAUUAAAAAUGUUCGCAACUAGCUGCGAACAUUAUUCGUCAACCGAUAUUCGCAUAAAAGACUAUUACUCGCUUCGGAAGACUGUGCGAGUUUUCUCUACCAGUUGAGUAAAUUUUUUAUCAUUUGUUUAUUUCACUUUUGUGAAAAACAAAGUGUUACUAAUGCUAAUAUUAAUGCUUUUGUUUUGUUGUUAAUGCAAUUUCAAUACGAUUUUUCAUAUUUUGUUAAAACAUUUUAUAUAAGUAUUAUCUACCUUUUUACACACUAUGUUCAAAGCCGUACAUUAGUGUUGGUGUGUCUACUUUACUUGGUUCUAUUUAGUAAUAUUUUUAUGUAAUACUUUGUAAUAUUUUGAGGAGUAUGUUCAGGAGAAAAAAAAUAGUUUUAUUUGUGUACUUAUUUGUACAGGUUAGAUUAUAAAGUUUGGAAACAAUGCAAUCCUGCAUUUUUAAUAAUUUUUGCAGCAGUUUUUUUAUUAAUUGGACAAUGCACUUAUUUCAAAUACCAGCGUAAAAGUAGCAAAUUUCUCAGAGUAUUACUUGCUACAAAAAUUGAGCUUGCAAAUUAAGCAAAAGACAGAAAUUAAUACAUUCUAGAAAAUUAUGUUAUCCUCAUUAGUCUACUCUAUAUUAGUACCUUCCUGUUCAACAGGAUGAAAGUACCUAAAUAUUGUUUAGUAAAGGAUUUUUGGCUCAAAAUCAGUGGGAUAGUUAACUCCCUUUUUUAUACAUGAAAUUAAAUUUAGACUUUCCUACAAAUAUGUCAAAUUUACGUUAGCAGUUUCAUAUGUUUUCUCAAUGAAAUUAGUUUGCAAAAUGUCCAGUCAUAUGUUCGAGUCUAUAAGUCUGUAAAUCCCUUCUUUCUCUGUAAAAGAUUUGCAUUAUUAUUUCUAUUCAUAGAUUGAAAAGUGAAAAUGUACUGUUUAGUGAAACAGAAGAAGAAAAACAUCAAUAUGUAGAGAAAUGGGAUGAUUCUGAUGUGAUUUUAAAAGUAGAAAAUGAAAAGUUUCACAUUUAAUGUACAUUCAAUGAUACUUGGUUACCCUUCUCCAUUUUUUAACCAUAUUGUCAUCUAAUUUCAAAGAAGGAGAACAAUAGACUCGUAAAUGUGACGUAUAUAUAACGGGCCCAUAUUGCCUAAAUUCUGUUUCAUUUUUGUUAACUUUGACCGUUGCAAUGAUAUUUUUUAUGUCAUUUUGGGUAUAUAUAUAUAUAUUGUAUGCAUAUUUGUUGUUUGAUAAGCUCCAAAGAUCUGGUAUACUUCUACACAUAUGUUUAUAUUUGUGUAACUAAUUUUUAAGUUAAAGAGUGGAACUGAUUGAUUUUCUUAAUCAA